ACCUUCUUCCAUCCAAUUCAUAGAAAAAGGAAAAGAAAGCGAGCUAGCCCUCUCCAUUCACAUUUUGUAAGAGUUGUUUGAAAGCAUAUAGAAGUUGAAAGCAAAUGGCAUCAAUACACUUCUUAUGGCUCCUUUGCCUUCAACUUUUGGUGUUGGCUGCAAAAAUUAGGGCUAAAAACAUUCCAGCAAUCAUAGUGUUCGGAGACUCAUCAGUUGAUGCUGGGAACAACAAUUAUAUUCCCACGAUUGCUAGGAGCAAUUUUGAGCCUUAUGGUCGUGAUUUUAAUGGUGGCCGUCCAACAGGAAGGUUCUCCAAUGGCAAAAUCGCAACCGACUUCGUUUCAGAGGCUUUCGGGCUCAAACCGGUCAUUCCUGCCUACCUCGACCCAGCAUAUAGCAUAUCAGAUUUUGCCACUGGUGUUACCUUCGCUUCUGCUGGAACCGGCUAUGACAAUGCUACUUCCAAUGUUCUUUCAGUGAUACCUCUACGGAAAGAACUGGAGUACUACAAGGAGUAUCAAAUGAAACUGCGAGACUAUCUUGGAGAUCGUAAAGCAAACGCUGUAAUCAGAGAGGCAUUAUACAUGAUAAGCGUGGGAACAAAUGACUUCCUCGAAAACUACUACGCAAUCCCAGGCCGAUCAUCCGAAUACACCAUCAGAGAAUAUGAAAACUUCCUCGUUGGGAUUGCCGGAAAUUUCACCAAGGAACUCUACGAUCUGGGAGCCCGGAAGAUGUCGUUAGGAGGGUUGCCUCCAAUGGGGUGCAUGCCGUUGGAGAGAACCAGUAAUUAUAUGGGAGGAAGUGAUUGCGUGGAUAGUUACAACAUUUUGGCAGCCGAGUUCAAUGUCAAAUUGAACGACUUGGUGAUCAAGCAGAACAAGGAGUUCCAUGGGAUGGACAUGGUCUUUUCAGAUCCUUAUGGCAUCUUGUUGGAGAUCAUACGAAAGCCUGCAGCUUACGGAUUUGAGGUUACAGGGGUGGCAUGCUGUGCGACUGGGAUGUUUGAAAUGGGUUAUGCAUGCAGCCGUACUAACCCUUUUACAUGCUCCGACGCAGACAAGUUUGUGUUUUGGGAUUCCUUCCACCCUACAGAGAAAACCAACGGUAUCAUAGCCAACCACGUGGUGAAGACUGCUCUAGCCAAGUUUCUUUGACAAGGCAGAUAAUUAAUGAAUAGCUUAUAAAUUAAGCCUAUUUUAGUAUGUUGAAGGCAAAUUUUCUGUAUAAUGUAGUACGUGAUUUCCAUAAUAAAUCUUCAUGUUACUACUGUAGGCUUGUUAAUUAUGUCUCUUCAAUAACAAUAUAUAUCGGUU